GGCGGGCCGGUGCGCCGCCUAGAAAAACUUGUGCGGGGCCAUUUUUGGGGCAGUAAGAUCGAGCGAGGAGCCCCGGCGCCAGCGUGCAGCCCGAGAGCUCGAGCCGCCUCCCCUCCUCCUCCUCCUCCUCCUCCUCCGCGAGACCCCCCAGCUCGGCCCCGGCCGCCCGCGCCGCGCGAUCCGCACCGGCCUCUCCCCGCCGAGAGCGAGCCCCGGCCGCGCCGCGACCACCAGCCGCGCCAACCGCCGACCAACCGCCACCGAGGUGCCCGAGUGAGAGCAGAGGAGGCGGCAUGAGCGAGGCCACCAGCACCACCGCCACCACCACCACCAACACCCUCCCGCAGGCUCCGGCCGACGCCGCCGCCGCCGCCGCCGCCGCGCAGGACCCGGCGCCCAAGAGCCCGGUGGGCAGCGGCGCGCCCUCGGCCGCGGCCGCUCUGGGCGCAGGAAACCCCGCGGGGGACGCGGCCCCCGCAGCCCCGGGCACCGCGGCCCCCGCCUCGGCGGCCCCCGCCGGCGGCGAAGACGCGGAGAAGAAAGUUCUCGCCACCAAAGUCCUUGGCACCGUCAAAUGGUUCAACGUCAGAAAUGGAUAUGGAUUUAUAAAUCGAAACGACACCAAAGAAGAUGUCUUUGUACACCAGACUGCCAUCAAGAAGAACAACCCCCGGAAAUAUCUGCGCAGUGUAGGAGAUGGAGAAACUGUAGAGUUUGAUGUGGUUGAAGGAGAGAAGGGUGCAGAGGCAGCCAACGUGACUGGCCCGGAUGGAGUUCCCGUCGAAGGGAGUCGCUAUGCUGCCGACCGGCGCCGCUACCGACGUGGCUACUACGGCAGACGCCGAGGACCGCCCCGGAAUUACGCUGGGGAGGAGGAGGAGGAAGGGAGCGGCAGCAGUGAAGGAUUUGACCCCCCCACCGCUGACGGGCAGUUCUCUGGGGCCCGGAGUCAGCUGCGCCGCCCCCAGUACCGCCCUCAGUACCGGCAGCGGCGGUUCCCGCCUUACCACGUGGGACAGACCUUGGACCGUCGCUCCCGGGUCUUUCCCCAUCCCAACAGAAUGCAGGCGGGAGAGAUCGGCGAGAUGAAGGACGGAGUCCCCGAGGGAGCCCAGCUUCAGGGCCCGGUUCAUAGGAAUCCCACUUACCGCCCGAGGUACCGCAGGGGACCUCCUCGCCCGCGCCCUGCGCCCUCUGCCGGAGAGGCUGAGGACAAAGAGAACCAGCAGGCGGCCAAUGGGCCCAACCAGCCAUCUGCUCGCCGGGGGUACCGGCGCCCCUACAACUACCGGCGUCGCCCCCGUCCGCCCAACGCUCCUGCACAGGAUGGCAAAGAGACCAAGGCAGGUGAAGCCCCAUCUGAGAACCCCGCUCCGGCCGCCGAGCAGAGCAGUGCCGAGUAACACCGGGCCCCGCAGGCACCACGUCCAUCUGCAGGUGACCUAAAGAAUAUAUAAGUAUUCAAAAAAUAAAGCAAAGCUAAAGAGGAGACCACAACCUUACCAACACCAAAGAAACACGCAAGCAAUAACGUGGAAGACGCCAACGAAUCAAGAAGUGGACAUUGGAAUGUUUAUUACUAUUCUUUACGAAACAAACAGCUACGAAAGAGAGAACCAUCACGUUUCCCAGGAAGCUGAGAGCUCGGGAAAGCCUGCACAGACGGAGAGAGCAACCCCCGGUUUCCGCAACACUAGGUUUCUAUUUUUUUCCUGGUUUUUACUGUUUGGUAAUAUGAAUUGAAAGAAGAAAUAUUAAUACCACAUGGGGAGAACCCCAACCAAAGAAAUCUGAAAUAUAUAGUAAAUGCUUUUAAAAAAAAAUUUUUUUUUUUUCCUUUUAUGUUCAUUUUGGAUGCUGGUGCUAAACUUCCAAGUGUCGUGAUUUAAAAAAGAAAUUUUAUGCCCUUCUUAUUUAUUUCUAGGACGAGGGGAGGAUAACAUUGUUGCUUUCUUAUGUGAAUCUCUUUGAAAAUGUGCAGUAGGAAGUUUCUCAAAAAAUAAAAAUUUUUACCCUUACAAGGAAGCGAUAUA